GCAAGCUGGGUAGACUCUUUGCCAUUUAUUACUUAGCUCCUUCGAGCCUCCUCCUGUGCUCCACCAGCUGGGCAUAGGCUGGCACGGCAGAAACAAAGUCGCGCAUCUGCAGUGACGCGUGACUGUCCCGAAGUCGCAGACACGAGCACAUGCUAUCCAACAGGCUUUCAGAGAGAAAUCUCGGUUAGAUGCCUUUCAUAAUUUGUUUGGCGGUGUUGUGCUGGAAUCGAGGAAUAGGAGAUCAGGACAGCUACUAGUGACUGAACUGUGGCUCGGUCCACCCCCAUCAGUCCGCCCUAGAGUUUGUUGGCAUCCACGGUCUGAGUCACGCGGUGAAGCGAAGACUUCUUUCAAUGAUCUCAUUUUGUUACUGAGUUCUCUGGUCUCAUUUUUGGUUUGUAUUGACUUUGAGGUUACGAAUGUGCUGCACGCCAGGCGCACCGGCGGUUGUCUACACUCUUCACCUACCAGGUCACGCGCAUCACUAGCACUGCAUGUGGCGGCAGUGCAGCGCCGCGGUUCCCACUGCUCCACUGCUGCUCUUGAAAGGUUUCACCUCUUGAGCACCCUAUCCCCAGGUCGAUUGGUGCCCUCCAACUACAUUGUAGCUCGCCUACCACGACCUGUGGCCACGGCCACGAUACGAUUUGUGAAUACAUGUGCGCGGAGACAACCCAGCUAGGUGAUCGAUGCUCUUAUCUAUGUACUUGUAACAGCUUACAAGCCAUAGUUGCUACUUCUCCUGCUGCGUCUUCCAGUAGUUACUCAGAGUAUGGCUCGAGAAGGUGCGACGGGCGCGAAGGUUCUCAGCAAGUGGGUCAGAGAGGACUACGACAAAUCUGAGCUCGACCUUGCCCAGCUCUCGGUGAGUGGCAACAGUGAGCUGCCAGAAGCGCUCGCCCAGUGGCCGACCAGUCGCAAGAAAGUGAAGCAACUCGUCCGCCAGUCGGUUGGCGGAUCGCAGCGGGAGCAGCUGUGGCUGACAGUUAGCGGAGGACAGCAGUUCAGCAAGUCGUCGGGAAGCCUCUACGCCGAGACACUGCAGGAUUUGUUCGGCGACAGCGUGCGCGAGGACCUGACCUGUCCGCGUCCAUUCCAGCCGCCGCUCGGAUGCCAGUGGUGGCAGCUGGGCUCUGCGGGACAGGCGGCCGCUUGUCGCGUGCUGGUCGCGUUUGAGCGCAACCACCCGGACGUGUCCUACUGCCCGGACCUGCAGCCGUUCACCGCCGCUCUACUGCACAUACUGGACGACGAGGCGAGCUGCUUCAGCGUCCUUUCCGGCCUCUUACAGGCGGGCAACAGCAGCGGCAACGCUGCAGCUCCCCGAGUCUACCUGGAGCAGUCGCAGACGGCCGUUACCGCAACGCGUCAGAGCUUUGGGCUGGUUGCCAGCAAGAAGGCAAAAACGUCGUAUCGCUGGCUGAAGUCUGGACUCGCUCGGGCAGAGGGUGCGGAUGCCGGGCCCACUGCGACCGACGAGGAAAUGCUCGAGGCCAUGGAGGACUGGGUCAACUGGAUUUACCGAUGGCUGCCGAUAAUGACGGUGAUCCGCAUCAUGGACUGCUUUCUGAUCGAAGGGCGGAAAGUCUUGUACCGCGUAGGUCUGUCGCUGAUGAAGCUGACGUACCGCAACCUGGAGGCACAGGGUCGGAGAGCGUCAGUUCGAGCCAGCUUGAAUGAGAUCAAGACGUACUGCAAAACUUUGCCGUUCUCAGUUUUACUGCAAUGUGCGUUCAAGAUCCGCAACUUGUCGUCGCGCCUGAUCCGCCAAUGCCAGCAGGCCAGCAGUACCAUGACAGGUGGCAGUGGUGCCGGUACGACACUGCGGCGGGUGGACAGCCCGACGGAACAGACGGAUGUGGCCGCCGUGGCCGGAGGUGUGCGCUCCGCUAUCAUCACCGACAAGAAGCAGUGGGAUAUGGUGUGGCAAUGGCUACCCACGCGAUACCAGAUCAUGAAGCCACGGCGUGUGUUCACUUCCGAUGAUGAUGGCUACAGUUUAUCAACUCUUUACGAACGUUGUGGGACUGAAGAACCGCUGUUGCUGCUUGUCCGGACUACUGCACGAGAUGUAUUCGGAGCAUUCUUGACCGUGUCACUUCAUGAACGGCUUCGCGGCACGAAGGCCUUCUCCUACUUCGGUUCCGGCGAGACGUUCCUCUUCUCGCUGCUGCCGCACGCGGACUGUCACCGCUGGACAGGGCUGAGCGGUGACGUGGAGGCAGGCAAGAGUGUGGACUACUUCAUAGCUGGUGACACCAAGUGUCUGGUCGUCGGUGGCGGAGAUGGCUACGGUAUCUGGCUGGAUGCCUCUCUGGACAACGGUACAAGUAGCAAGUGCAGCACGUUCAACAACCGCUCGCUGGUCUCCGCUGAAGACGGCAACUUUCACGUGGCAGUGAUUGAAAUCUUUACCCUGGACAGUGAGUGAGGACAGUGGGAAAUUCCCCAAACCGGCAUCGUGCCUCGUGUAGUUUGCAUGCGACGGAUCCUGUGAUGCCGUUGACUGGACGCUGCCAAGGUGGUCGCCCAGUCGACUCCUCCACACAGCCACACAGCUGCAGUCCCACAAGUGAUUGUGCUCGGCUGCCGCCAUGCUCGACACAUGCCCUCCGUUAUAGCGUGUGUUCCGACUCAGGCAUUGCUAGGCCCUGUUAGCCCUGCAAUGCAAUCAUUAGAAUAUUUUAGUUUUUACCCAAGUUGGUCCAUUGAAAUAGUUUUUUACAGCCUUGACCAUUAUUUCAGUUAUUUUUGCAAUUUUCUAUUGAUUUCUAGGAUUGCGGACAGCCACUGGGCUGAUUAGAAGAGAGAGCUAAUUUGGAAAUAUACAACAUCCUACUUGUUUUGUGUACCGUAGUGUCUCGUACAAAAGCCUGUCUCGUGUAUACGCCUGUUUGAAUGCAAGCCUGUAUUUCAAGAUGCACCAUCAGGACAUAAGCCUGGUUUUAGUGUCGAUACACAACCAUCUCUCUUAUCCGGACCUCCAAGUUACGGGCACCUCGGUCUACCAGGUGCCCUCUGGGUGAGUUAUAGUGGAGAUAUUACUACUCCUUUGCCAUUUUGUUGACGUCAUAUCCCAGAUCUCUGGCCCUUCCCAACAUCGAAGUGUCCGUGACUCAGAGUUGCGGACAUUUCCAAGUUAAGGGCAGUGCCCGAUCCCGGACUGCCCGGAUAUGAGAGGUAUGAGUAUACUUGA